AUGGUUAGGCCAGAAAUUGUAAAUAGUAUUUCAAGAUUUUUUCCAUCCAAGGAUGAUAAAUUUGGGAUUAUCAAAUCGGCGUUUUGGCACAGGAAGUUCGCGUCAACAUCGUCGAGUUAUAGCAAGAAGCCAAAGGUUUUAUUCCUAGGAUCAGGCUGGUCAUCAGUUUUUUUUAUCAAAAAUUUAAACCCUAAACUAUUUGACCUGACUGUAAUAUCACCUAGGAAUUAUUUCACGUUCACACCCCUGCUUCCCAAGAUUCUCUCAGGGACGGUUGAAACGAACACUUCAACUGAGCCAAUCAUAGAAUAUAUGAGGAGAAAUUUCAGAAAUAAUCCUCAGUUUAUACACGCUAAAUGUGUCGAUGUCGAUUCGGAUGCUAAAUCGGUGACAUGUGAUCCCUUGGAUUCCGGAGAACCGUCGUUUUCAGUGCCAUACGACUUUCUGGUAAUUGGAGUUGGAGCCCAGACUAACACUUUUGGGACAAAGGGAGUUGAGGAAUACGCUUACUUUUUAAAGGAAAUUGAACAUGCUGAAGUUGCGUUCCAAAAAAUUGUGGAUAACUUCAGAGCAGCAAGUAUGCCGUCACUGAGUGAUUCUGAGCGCAGGAGACUUUUGCACUUCUUGGUGGUUGGAGGAGGUCCCACAGGAGUAGAAUGUACAGGCGAGCUUUCAGUGCUCAUGAGCAGGCAUUUGGGAAAAUGUUAUCCUGAACUGAUGCCAUUCGUUAAGGUGUCAAUUGUUGAGGCUGGGCAACGUUUACUCCCCAGCCUUUCUCAAAGUACAUCUAAAUUCGUCUUAAACGUGUUUAAUAAAAGCAAUGUGAACAUGUAUUUCGGUAAGGUAGUGAGUGAGGUUAAGCAGAAAUCUUGUGUUUUGAAGGAAAUUAAAACUGGAAACACUGAGGAAAUUGAGUGCGGGUUAGUUUUGUGGGCAAGUGGCCUUAAAGAAACUGAUUUGGUGACUAAGUUGAAGAGGAAAUGGAAUAUACCUGAGAGUUCUAGAGCCCUUUUGGUAGAUCAGUAUUUGAGACUCCAAGGAUUAGAUAACAUUUUCUGCUUGGGAGAUUGCUGUAAAAUUACGCCAACGAAACUUUCAGAAAACGUUGAACUAGUGCUUGAAAAGGUUGGAUCUCCAACCCUCGAGGCUCUCGUAAACGCCAGAAAAACUCUUGCCAAGGACUUUCCACAGCUCAACGAUUCUAAAUGGAAUCAUAAGGAUGAGAAAUUUCAAAAGUCAGUAUCCGAGUUGAAGGAGAAGUUCACUGAAGGAACUAAGGAGCAUUUUGUGGAGGUUUUGAAACUGGUGGAUCAUGGAUAUUGUCCUCCAUUUCCAACUGCCCAAAACGCUAAACAAGCGGCCAUUUACCUAUCAAGGCUGUUCAAUAGUGGUGCAGUUUUAACUGGCAGGUAUGUUGAUUCAGCUUUUUGCGAGAAGUGGAAGGGCACUUUGGCCUCUUUGGGUGGCAUGAAAGUGGUAAUGAACUCACCUUACUUCAAUGUAAACGGGGGUCUAUUCCCCUUUUUCCUCUGGAAUGGAGUCUACAUGCUUAUGUUUUCCAGUUUUAAGAUGAGGUUAUCAUUCUUUUUUGAUCUUCUGAAGAAUUUUUUCUUUUCACGGCACCUCAUUCUCAAAAGAUAUUCUAACUAA